UAAUUUCAACACUUAUUUGGUGCCCCAGAUCGCCCUUUGUUGGCAGUUCACAGCAUACAUUGAAGGGGCGUGAAUGGAGAGAAUGGGUGGGCUAACCAAGGUGGGGCUAACGCCUAAGCAACCGUGACGUAUACUCCUGUUUUGAAAGCGCUAAUUGGUCAGUUUACGGGGAGGGGCGUUACGAUAACCACGGAGCCUGUCUCUGAUUGGCUACGCGAGUUUCGAAGCCCCGUUGACAAAACAGACGUGUAUCUAUUCUAUCUAGAUAGCGAGUUGGCCACUCAAACAACGGUAGAUUAGACCGAUAUCCUCUUAACAGUUUUUCCGGGAACAGUACAUUUCAUCAGAUACACUCUCUGGAAAUGUUAUUUAAUCCGACUGGGUUGGCCGAAUGUUUACAAGAAUGGCAGGAUCUGGAAAAAGACUAUCAACAGCUCCAGGAGACACAUCGACUGUACAAACAGAAGCUGGAAGAAGUUUCGAAGCUGCAGGACAGUAGUUCUUCUUCUAUCGCACGUCAGAAGAAAAAGUUAAAGGAUCUCUCCGAAUCCCUGGAAGAAUGCAGAGUUAUAGCAAAUCCAGAUGAUGUCAACAGAAUAGACGGGAUCCAAGAAUCCAUUAGAGAAAGACCAAAUGUCUUUUUUGAGAUGGAGGCCUUCCUGCCAAAGAAGAACGGGUUAUACCUCAGUCUUGUUCUUGGAAAUGUGAAUGUUACACUCCUUAACAAGCAGUCCAAGUUUUCCUAUAAAGACGAGUAUGAGAAAUUCAAACUAUACUUGACCGUACUGCUCUUGUUGUUCUCAUUCACCUGUCGGUUUUUGGUCAGCUACAGGGUUGUAGAUGCACUUUUCAACUUCCUGUUGGUGUGGUAUUAUUGCACAUUGACGAUAAGAGAGAGCAUCCUCAUUAAUAACGGCUCUAAGAUCAAAGGCUGGUGGGUGUUUCAACACUAUGUCUCAACUUUUCUGUCUGGAGUAAUGCUGACCUGGCCUGAUGGUGAACUCUACCAGAUGUUCAGAAAUCAGUUCUUGUCCUACUCCAUGUAUAUAAAUUUUGUUCAGUUUCUGCAGUAUUACUACCAAAGUGGCUGCUUAUAUAGACUUAGAGCGCUUGGAGAAAGACACAAUAUGGACCUCACAGUUGAGGGGUUUCCGUCCUGGAUGUGGAGGGAUCUGACCUUUCUCCUGCCGUUCCUUUUCUUGGGCCAUUUUUUCCAGCUGUAUAAUGGAAUUACACUCUUCCAAAUGGUCCAGCUUCCAGAAUGGAAAGAGUGGCAGGUUCUCAUGUGUGGCUCAACUUUCCUUGUUUUGUUCAUUGGAAACUUCUUCACCACUCUUGGUGUUGUGUACCACAAAUACAUGGAUCAGAACAAGGCCAAACUCUGCAAAAAGCACUGAACUCUUUAUAUAUAUAUAUAUAUAUAUAUAUAUUAUUAUUAUUAUUAUUAUGUAUUUUAUUUUAUAUGAAUGUUUAUUUUUUAAUUCAGCAAAUAUGAAAUGUUUGUGUUAUUAAUAUUGCAAAAUGUUCUGUGUUCUCUGUGGUUGAACCACACUAAGUGAGGAUUUUUCUAAAUGUGUCACAAAUCAAAAGGGAUGGAAUGUCUUUGCCUUAAUCUCAAAUAUGGAAUGUAUUGUUGUUAUUUAUAAAAUGGCUUUUAGUGUUAUAAUGUUUUGCACAUCAUAUGUAAUAUGUAUGUAUCAAUGUGUGUUUUCUUUACAGUUUUGUUUAAAAUAUCUCUGGCCUGCAUUUAAGGAAAUAAGAAACGGCAAGGCAAUGUUUGUAACACGGUUCAUAAUAUCAUGUGCUCUCACUGCUAUUCAACACAUGACUUCACUGUCAUGCGACUACAUCCACACCUUUGUUUGAGUAAGAACAUGUGCAAGCAGUCAGAUGCCAGGAAAUUUUGACAGAUUUUCAAGAAUUGAUUGAUGUAACCCUGUUACACAGAAAUGGGAAGUUGUAAUAUUCCUUUAGUCCUUUUUGAAGAAUGUGGUUCACUUAUAAAACAUCCGGGUCAGGGUUUGUACCACUGUAAAAAGGCAAUCCACUAUAUCAACUUGCAUUAUUUUGCUAAUUUUCUUAUAAAGAAUCCACCCCAUGAAUAUUAACAAUACUUUUAAUUGUAUGAUUUGCAAUCUAAUUAAACUGCCAUUGCAGCUGUGCUUGCCAAAUGACCCUGAAUAAUUAAGGUCAUGACUGUUGAAGAGAAAGAUGUCCUUGGUUACUGAUAGAAUACAGAUUACUUUUAGUCAUGCUAGUGAAAGUGACAAGUCAUUGGCCAGAAAAAUAAAUAAAAAAUGAAAGUUUUGAAGAAA